UCUUCUACUACAAGUAGCACAACAUCGUCAACUUCUUCUCCAUCUACUAGCAGUACCACUUCCUCUACCACAAGCAGCAGUUCCUCGCCUACUUCCAGUAGUACCAUAUCAUCUACUUCCUCACCAACUACCAGUUCAACAACUUCCUCGUCUACCAGCAGCACUACAUCUUCUACUUCGUCACCAACUACGAGCAGUACGACAUCAUCUAGCACAAGUAGCACGUCUUCACCAACUAGCUCUUCCACAUCAAGCAGCACCACUUCGUCAACAUCUUCUCCUACAACAAGUAGUACUUCCUCUCCCACCACAUCAACCACAACAAGCAGCACAACUUCAUCUACAUCAUCACCUACUACCAGUAGCACAACUUCGUCGACCACAUCUUCCACUUCCAGUCAUUCAACUUCCAGUACUUCUUCUCAUUCUACUUCUAGUACAAGCUCUCACUCAACCAGUAGCACUUCUUCACCCACAACAUCUUCCACAACUAGUAGCACAACUUCAUCAACUUCUUCACCUACCACUAGCAGCACAACAUCAUCAAGUUCUUCGUCUACAACUAGCAGCACAACUUCUUCAACAUCAUCGCCAACUACCAGCAGUACCUCCUCAUCGACAACAUCAUCUACUUCAUCCCCAACCACUAGCAGCACAUCCUCUCCGACAACAUCAUCCACUACAAGCAGCACGACCUCGUCAACUUCUUCGCCUACAACAAGUAGCUCCACAUCAUCCACUACCAGCAGUACAUCUUCUCCAACAACAUCAUCUACUUCUAGCAGCACAACUUCAUCAACAUCAUCACCAACGUCAUCCUCCACAACGAGCAGCACUACUUCAUCGACAUCGUCUCCUACAACAAGUAGUACUUCCUCUCCCACUUCAUCUUCUACUACAAGUAGCACAACAUCGUCAACUUCUUCUCCAUCUACUAGCAGUACCACUUCCUCUACCACAAGCAGCAGUUCCUCGCCUACUUCCAGUAGUACCACAUCAUCUACUUCCUCACCAACUACCAGUUCAACAACUUCCUCGUCUACCAGCAGCACUACAUCUUCUACUUCGUCACCAACUACGAGCAGUACGACAUCAUCUAGCACAAGUAGCACGUCUUCACCAACUAGCUCUUCCACAUCAAGCAGCACCACUUCGUCAACAUCUUCUCCUACAACAAGUAGUACUUCCUCUCCCACCACAUCAUCCACAACAAGCAGCACAACUUCAUCUACAUCAUCACCUACUACCAGUAGCACAACUUCGUCGACCACAUCUUCCACUUCCAGUCAUUCAACUUCCAGUACUUCUUCUCAUUCUACUUCUAGUACAAGCUCUCACUCAACCAGUAGCACCUCUUCACCCACAACAUCUUCCACAACUAGUAGCACAACUUCAUCAACUUCUUCACCUACCACUAGCAGCACAACAUCAUCAAGUUCUUCGUCUACAACUAGCAGCACAACUUCUUCAACAUCAUCGCCAACUACCAGCAGUACCUCCUCAUCGACAACAUCAUCUACUUCAUCCCCAACCACUAGCAGCACAUCCUCUCCGACAACAUCAUCCACUACAAGCAGCACGACCUCGUCAACUUCUUCGCCUACAACAAGUAGCUCCACAUCAUCCACUACCAGCAAUACAUCUUCUCCAACAACAUCAUCUACUUCUAGCAGCACAACUUCAUCAACAUCAUCACCAACGUCAUCCUCCACAACGAGCAGCACUACCUCAUCGACAUCGUCUCCUACAACAAGUAGUACUUCCUCUCCCACUUCAUCUUCUACUACAAGUAGCACAACAUCGUCAACUUCUUCUCCAUCUACUAGCAGUACCACUUCCUCUACCACAAGCAGCAGUUCAUCGCCUACUUCCAGUAGUACCACAUCAUCUACUUCCUCACCAACUACCAGUUCAACAACUUCCUCGUCUACCAGCAGCACUACAUCUUCUACUUCGUCACCAACUACGAGCAGUACGACAUCAUCUAGCACAAGUAGCACGUCUUCACCAACUAGCUCUUCCACAUCAAGCAGCACCACUUCGUCAACAUCUUCUCCUACAACAAGUAGUACUUCCUCUCCCACCACAUCAUCCACAACAAGCAGCACAACUUCAUCUACAUCAUCACCUACUACCAGUAGCACAACUUCGUCGACCACAUCUUCCACUUCCAGUCAUUCAACUUCCAGUACUUCUUCUCAUUCUACUUCUAGUACAAGCUCUCACUCAACCAGUAGCACCUAUUCACCCACAACAUCUUCCACAACUAGUAGCACAACUUCAUCAACUUCUUCACCUACCACUAGCAGCACAACUUCAUCGACUUCUUCACCUACCACUAGCAGCACAACAUCAUCAACAUCAUCGCCAACUACCAGCAGUACCUCCUCAUCGACAACAUCAUCUACUUCAUCCCCAACCACUAGCAGCACAUCCUCUCCGACAACAUCAUCCACUACAAGCAGCACGACCUCGUCAACUUCUUCGCCUACAACAAGUAGCUCCACAUCAUCCACUACCAGCAGUACAUCUUCUCCAACAACAUCAUCUACUUCUAGCAGCACAACUUCAUCAACAUCAUCACCAACGUCAUCCUCCACAACGAGCAGCACUACUUCAUCGACAUCGUCUCCUACAACAAGUAGUACUUCCUCUCCCACUUCAUCUUCUACUACAAGUAGCACAACAUCGUCAACUUCUUCUCCAUCUACUAGCAGUACCACUUCCUCUACCACAAGCAGCAGUUCCUCGCCUACUUCCAGUAGUACCACAUCAUCUACUUCCUCACCAACUACCAGUUCAACAACUUCCUCGUCUACCAGCAGCACUACAUCUUCUACUUCGUCACCAACUACGAGCAGUACGACAUCAUCUAGCACAAGUAGCACGUCUUCACCAACUAGCUCUUCCACAUCAAGCAGCACCACUUCGUCAACAUCUUCUCCUACAACAAGUAGUACUUCCUCUCCCACCACAUCAUCCACAACAAGCAGCACAACUUCAUCUACAUCAUCACCUACUACCAGUAGCACAACUUCGUCGACCACAUCUUCCACUUCCAGUCAUUCAACUUCCAGUACUUCUUCUCAUUCUACUUCUAGUACAAGCUCUCACUCAACCAGUAGCACCUCUUCACCCACAACAUCUUCCACAACUAGUAGCACAACUUCAUCAACUUCUUCACCUACCACUAGCAGCACAACUUCAUCGACUUCUUCACCUACCACUAGCAGCACAACAUCAUCAACAUCAUCGCCAACUACCAGCAGUACCUCCUCAUCGACAACAUCAUCUACUUCAUCCCCAACCACUAGCAGCACAUCCUCUCCGACAACAUCAUCCACUACAAGCAGCACGACCUCGUCAACUUCUUCGCCUACAACAAGUAGCUCCACAUUAUCCACUACCAGCAGUACAUCUUCUCCAACAACAUCAUCUACUUCUAGCAGCACAACUUCAUCAACAUCAUCACCAACGUCAUCCUCCACAACGAGCAGCACUACUUCAUCGGCAUCGUCUCCUACAACAAGUAGUACUUCCUCUCCCACUUCAUCUUCUACUACAAGUAGCACAACAUCGUCAACUUCUUCUCCAUCUACUAGCAGUACCACUUCCUCUACCACAAGCAGCAGUUCCUCGCCUACUUCCAGUAGUACCACAUCAUCUACUUCCUCACCAACUACCAGUUCAACAACUUCCUCGUCUACCAGCAGCACUACAUCUUCUACUUCGUCACCAACUACGAGCAGUACGACAUCAUCUAGCACAAGUAGCACGUCUUCACCAACUAGCUCUUCCACAUCAAGCAGCACCACUUCGUCAACAUCUUCUCCUACAACAAGUAGUACUUCCUCUCCCACCACAUCAUCCACAACAAGCAGCACAACUUCAUCUACAUCAUCACCUACUACCAGUAGCACAACUUCGUCGACCACAUCUUCCACUUCCAGUCAUUCAACUUCCAGUACUUCUUCUCAUUCUAGUUCUAGUACAAGCUCUCACUCAACCAGUAGCACCUCUUCACCCACAACAUCUUCCACAACUAGUAGCACAACUUCAUCAACUUCUUCACCUACCACUAGCAGCACAACAUCAUCAAGUUCUUCGUCUACAACUAGCAGCACAACUUCUUCAACAUCAUCGCCAACUACCAGCAGUACCUCCUCAUCGACAACAUCAUCUACUUCAUCCCCAACCACUAGCAGCACAUCCUCUCCGACAACAUCAUCCACUACAAGCAGCACGACCUCGUCAACUUCUUCGCCUACAACAAGUAGCUCCACAUCAUCCACUACCAGCAGUACAUCUUCUCCAACAACAUCAUCUACUUCUAGCAGCACAACUUCAUCAACAUCAUCACCAACGUCAUCCUCCACAACGAGCAGCACUACUUCAUCGACAUCGUCUCCUACAACAAGUAGUACUUCCUCUCCCACUUCAUCUUCUACUACAAGUAGCACAACAUCGUCAACUUCUUCUCCAUCUACUAGCAGUACCACUUCCUCUACCACAAGCAGCAGUUCCUCGCCUACUUCCAGUAGUACCACAUCAUCUACUUCCUCACCAACUACCAGUUCAACAACUUCCUCGUCUACCAGCAGCACUACAUCUUCUACUUCGUCACCAACUACGAGCAGUACGACAUCAUCUAGCACAAGUAGCACGUCUUCACCAACUAGCUCUUCCACAUCAAGCAGCACCACUUCGUCAACAUCUUCUCCUACAACAAGUAGUACUUCCUCUCCCACCACAUCAUCCACAACAAGCAGCACAACUUCAUCUACAUCAUCACCUACUACCAGUAGCACAACUUCGUCGACCACAUCUUCCACUUCCAGUCAUUCAACUUCCAGUACUUCUUCUCAUUCUACUUCUAGUACAAGCUCUCACUCAACCAGUAGCACCUCUUCACCCACAACAUCUUCCACAACUAGUAGCACAACUUCAUCAACUUCUUCACCUACCACUAGCAGCACAACUUCAUCGACUUCUUCACCUACCACUAGCAGCACAACAUCAUCAACAUCAUCGCCAACUACCAGCAGUACCUCCUCAUCGACAACAUCAUCUACUUCAUCCCCAACCACUAGCAGCACAUCCUCUCCGACAACAUCAUCCACUACAAGCAGCACGACCUCGUCAACUUCUUCGCCUACAACAAGUAGCUCCACAUCAUCCACUACCAGCAGUACAUCUUCUCCAACAACAUCAUCUACUUCUAGCAGCACAACUUCAUCAAUAUCAUCACCAACGUCAUCCUCCACAACGAGCAGCACUACUUCAUCGACAUCGUCUCCUACAACAAGUAGUACCUCCUCUCCCACUUCAUCUUCUACUACAAGUAGCACAACAUCGUCAACUUCUUCUCCAUCUACUAGCAGUACCACUUCCUCUACCACAAGCAGCAGUUCCUCGCCUACUUCCAGUAGUACCACAUCAUCUACUUCCUCACCAACUACCAGUUCAACAACUUCCUCGUCUACCAGCAGCACUACAUCUUCUACUUCGUCACCAACUACGAGCAGUACGACAUCAUCUAGCACAAGUAGCACGUCUUCACCAACUAGCUCUUCCACAUCAAGCAGCACCACUUCGUCAACAUCUUCUCCUACAACAAGUAGUACUUCCUCUCCCACCACAUCAUCCACAACAAGCAGCACAACUUCAUCUACAUCAUCACCUACUACCAGUAGCACAACUUCGUCGACCACAUCUUCCACUUCCAGUCAUUCAACUUCCAGUACUUCUUCUCAUUCUACUUCUAGUACAAGCUCUCACUCAACCAGUAGCACCUCUUCACCCACAACAUCUUCCACAACUAGUAGCACAACUUCAUCAACUUCUUCACCUACCACUAGCAGCACAACUUCAUCGACUUCUUCACCUACCACUAGCAGCACAACAUCAUCAACAUCAUCGCCAACUACCAGCAGUACCUCCUCAUCGACAACAUCAUCUACUUCAUCCCCAACCACUAGCAGCACAUCCUCUCCGACAACAUCAUCUACUACAAGCAGCACGACCUCGUCAACUUCUUCGCCUACAACAAGUAGCUCCACAUCAUCCACUACCAGCAGUACAUCUUCUCCAACAACAUCAUCUACUUCUAGCAGCACAACUUCAUCAAUAUCAUCACCAACGUCAUCCUCCACAACGAGCAGCACUACUUCAUCGACAUCGUCUCCUACAACAAGUAGUACCUCCUCUCCCACUUCAUCUUCAACUACAAGUAGCACAACAUCGUCAACUUCUUCUCCAUCUACUAGCAGUACCACUUCCUCUACCACAAGCAGCAGUUCCUCGCCUACUUCCAGUAGUACCACAUCAUCUACUUCCUCACCAACUACCAGUUCAACAACUUCCUCGUCUACCAGCAGCACUACAUCUUCUACUUCGUCACCAACUACGAGCAGUACGACAUCAUCUAGCACAAGUAGCACGUCUUCACCAACUAGCUCUUCCACAUCAAGCAGCACCACUUCGUCAACAUCUUCUCCUACAACAAGUAGUACUUCCUCUCCCACCACAUCAUCCACAACAAGCAGCACAACUUCAUCUACAUCAUCACCUACUACCAGUAGCACAACUUCGUCGACCACAUCUUACACUUCCAGUCAUUCAACUUCCAGUACUUCUUCUCAUUCUACUUCUAGUACAAGCUCUCACUCAACCAGUAGCACCUCUUCACCCACAACAUCUUCCACAACUAGUAGCACAACUUCAUCAACUUCUUCACCUACCACUAGCAGCACAACUUCAUCGACUUCUUCACCUACCACUAGCAGCACAACAUCAUCAACAUCAUCGCCAACUACCAGCAGUACCUCCUCAUCGACAACAUCAUCUACUUCAUCCCCAACCACUAGCAGCACAUCCUCUCCGACAACAUCAUCUACUACAAGCAGCACGACCUCGUCAACUUCUUCGCCUACAACAAGUAGCUCCACAUCAUCCACUACCAGCAGUACAUCUUCUCCAACAACAUCAUCUACUUCUAGCAGCACAACUUCAUCAAUAUCAUCACCAACGUCAUCCUCCACAACGAGCAGCACUACUUCAUCGACAUCGUCUCCUACAACAAGUAGUACCUCCUCUCCCACUUCAUCUUCAACUACAAGUAGCACAACAUCGUCAACUUCUUCUCCAUCUACUAGCAGUACCACUUCCUCUACCACAAGCAGCAGUUCCUCGCCUACUUCCAGUAGUACCACAUCAUCUACUUCCUCACCAACUACCAGUUCAACAACUUCCUCGUCUACCAGCAGCACUACAUCUUCUACUUCGUCACCAACUACGAGCAGUACGACAUCAUCUAGCACAAGUAGCACGUCUUCACCAACUAGCUCUUCCACAUCAAGCAGCACCACUUCGUCAACAUCUUCUCCUACAACAAGUAGUACUUCCUCUCCCACCACAUCAUCCACAACAAGCAGCACAACUUCAUCUACAUCAUCACCUACUACCAGUAGCACAACUUCGUCGACCACAUCUUCCACUUCCAGUCAUUCAACUUCCAGUACUUCUUCUCAUUCUACUUCUAGUACAAGCUCUCACUCAACCAGUAGCACCUCUUCACCCACAACAUCUUCCACAACUAGUAGCACAACUUCAUCAACUUCUUCACCUACCACUAGCAGCACAACUUCAUCGACUUCUUCACCUACCACUAGCAGCACAACAUCAUCAACAUCAUCGCCAACUACCAGCAGUACCUCCUCAUCGACAACAUCAUCUACUUCAUCCCCAACCACUAGCAACACAUCCUCUCCGACAACAUCAUCUACUACAAGCAGCACGACCUCGUCAACUUCUUCGCCUACAACAAGUAGCUCCACAUCAUCCACUACCAGCAGUACAUCUUCUCCAACAACAUCAUCUACUUCUAGCAGCACAACUUCAUCAAUAUCAUCACCAACGUCAUCCUCCACAACGAGCAGCACUACUUCAUCGACAUCGUCUCCUACAACAAGUAGUACUUCCUCUCCCACUUCAUCUUCUACUACAAGUAGCACAACAUCGUCAACUUCUUCUCCAUCUACUAGCAGUACCACUUCCUCUACCACAAGCAGCAGUUCCUCGCCUACUUCCAGUAGUACCACAUCAUCUACUUCCUCACCAACUACCAGUUCAACAACUUCCUCGUCUACCAGCAGCACUACAUCUUCAACUUCGUCACCAACUACGAGCAGUACGACAUCAUCUAGCACAAGUAGCACGUCUUCGCCAACUAGCUCUUCCACAUCAAGCAGCACCACUUCGUCAACAUCUUCUCCUACAACAAGUAGUACUUCCUCUCCCACCACAUCAUCCACAACAAGCAGCACAACUUCAUCUACAUCAUCACCUACUACCAGUAGCACAACUUCGUCGACCACAUCUUCCACUUCCAGUCAUUCAACUUCCAGUACUUCUUCUCAUUCUACUUCUAGUACAAGCUCUCACUCAACCAGUAGCACCUCUUCACCCACAACAUCUUCCACAACUAGUAGCACAACUUCAUCAACUUCUUCACCUACCACUAGCAGCACAACAUCAUCAAGUUCUUCGUCUACAACUAGCAGCACAACUUCUUCAACAUCAUCGCCAACUACCAGCAGUACCUCCUCAUCGACAACAUCAUCUACUUCAUCCCCAACCACUAGCAGCUCAUCCUCUCCGACAACAUCAUCCACUACAAGCAGCACGACCUCGUCAACUUCUUCGCCUACAACAAGUAGCUCCACAUCAUCCACUACCAGCAGUACAUCUUCUGCAACAACUUCAUCAACAUCAUCACCAACGUCAUCCUCCACAACGAGCAGCACUAUUUCAUCGACGUCGUCUCCUACAACAAGCAGCACGUCUUCAUCUAUAACUUCAUCAACAACGAGCAGCACUAGAGGCCCAAUUACACCUGGAGGAUCUUCAUCAACAACAAGCAGCACUUCUUCGCCUACAUCCAGCAGCACAUCUUCAUCUAUAACUUCAUCAACAACAAGCAGCACUAGAGGCCCAAUUACAGCUGGAGGAACUUCAUCAACAACAAGCAGCACUUCUUCGCCUACAUCAAGCAGCACCACGUCUUCAACUACAUCUUCUACCACGAGUAGCACAACUAGUCAAGAAUAUUGUAACUCCUGGGGAGAUCGUCAUGAUAUUCGAGAGUGGGGCAGCUGGUCCGAAUGGAGUGAGUGUUCAGCCGGCACCUGUGGUCUGAUUGGGGUGCAGAAGAGAGUGCGGGAAUGCAACAUCAAGUUCGAGGAGAACGUUCACUUCUGUGACGGCAGAGACCAGGAGCACCGCACCUGCAACAGGGACAGUGAGCUGUGCCAGGACGACACUACUGACCCAUGCGGCCUGGACAUGAGUAGGAGCAAUGUGACUAGACACUGUGGCACCACCUGCUCCUCCCUCGGCUCAGACUUCUACUGCAACCCAUAUGACAUCACCUCCGUAGACGCAGAGCACUUGGCCGAUGACGAAGACUACUCUCACUCCUGCAGCUGUGCACCCCCGAUGGUGUUCGAUGAAUUGACUAGUUCGUGUGUGAUGGCGGACGAGUGUCAAUGCUGGGACAGCGAGUGUGACGACUACGUGGAUGGCACUGACCAGGGCACAUGUUGUCCAGGAAGAACAUGCUCGUGUGUGAAUGGACAACUGUCCUGUGUGGGCCACUGCCCCAUCAACUGUGUGGCCACAGAGUGGAGUGAGUGGACCCAGUGCAACUCAGACUGCAUCCGGGAGAGGGAGAGAUGUAUCAUUCGACAUGCGAACUAUGGGGGAGCUGGUUGCAGUGGAGGGGAGAAGGAGGAGGAGGAGUGCUACCACGACACUGACAACUGCAAGGCCUGCUACUACACCAACUCCACAGGGGACACCAUCAUGUACAGGGAGAACGAUGUGGUCUACGACGACCAGUGCUACAACUACAUCUGCUCAAACAACCACACCCUCAAGGAGAUGAAGUGCGUGGAUGGCCCGUCUAAGCAGGAGGACUGUGCCCCAGGUCAGAUUUACAUGCCUCCAGAGGAUAUGCAGGACGCCAUCGACAACGACUGCUGUGGAAAGUGUGUGCCCACUCCAUGCCAGACGAAAGAAAACUUCGUCAACAUCACCGUCGAGACCUGCGUUCCGGCUGUCGUGGACAUCGGACAAUGUCUCGGGGCUUGCCCUUACUCUGCCGAGAUAGCCUCUGAACUGCCGACCAAACUGGCAGACUUCGACAAGGCAGGAGUCCUGAUGCACCACUUGUGCGAGUGCUGUUUCGGAGAAAUCGGGGAAAAGGCAUUCCCUCUGCAGUGCGAUGAUGGACUGCACUACGUUAAUAUCAAGUACCUUCACAGCUGCAAAUGUACUCAAUGUGUAGAUGAAGUGGUGGAAGAAUUUCUAGGGGAGAGCGGGUUCGCAGUCAAUUCGCUCGUCUAACAGAACAUCUUCACACCAAAUAUUAACUCCAAACGACAAACGGGAACCAACGGACGACCGAUGUUACGGACGACUAUGGCUAUAAACUCCUAAGGCACUUAAAAUAGCAUUGAUCAUCACCUCAAAAAAAAACAAAAAAAAUUCAAAUUGGUGAAGGGAGAAGGAAAGAGUGGAAAGGAGAAAUAAGACCCGAAAUAGGAUAAUAUAGAGAUCGAUGCCGGUGCUCAAAUCAAUUCAAAUCUG